AUGUCCUCUGUUGCAGAACAGGCCUUCCUGUUAUUAGGCCACCCAGACGCAGCGACUACCCAAAGUCCUAAUGAAUACGAAAGCCUAACUAUCGCGGAGUGGAACAAAAUGUCCGGCUGUGCACACACCUCCUGGCUCUGCGUUGAUGGAACAACGCUGCUGGACUUCGGCAGACUACAAACCCUACUUGGACCCGAUAUACUACCAGAUCCUAUGAACCAAACCCCUUCACUAGUAGUGCUUAUUGGUGAAUCCACUAUGUCCGAUGCGCUGCAGAUGUGUACAUCAAGGUCAACUCCAAGGCCCUCUAGCAGCAGUGAUGUCGCCGACAUCCAUCUCCACCUCCUACCUUCCAGCACCUGUGCCCAGUCGCCAAUCCUUCUGGCUGACUGUGGGAGGCUUCUCUCUAAUCCCGCGGUGGGAUCCGGCGUAUCCACCAAACCAAUAUGCCACGAAGUAAGGCAGAGGCCAUUGCCCUGGCUGCGCAAUGCGGACGGCUCGCUGAUGCACCGUACGGUAACCGAACAACUGUUUCAGCAAUUGAUUGUGCCCUUCGCGGACGUUAUAUGUGUCUUUGGGGAUGACCUAGGUGGAGGUCAGGGUCUGGCCAGGUGGCUGGCGUACUUGAUGGACAUUCCCCACAUCCCGCAGCGCCAUCGAUUUCGGGAGCAGCAGAUGCUUGUUAUACUCAACGACGAACACGGCUUCCAUCGCAUGGCCUACUCGGAGGGGCUUUGUGAGCCCUGGAUCACAUCACUUGAGGUACUCCAGACAAUGGGUCGCGAUGGAGAUCCUAGUCCAAUGGAGAUGGCCCUCCAGAAGAUACACGAUAUCCAAAUCUUACGCGCAAGGUCAAGAUGGCUAUUCACAGCGAAUGAGCUUAUCCAACAUCAUGGCUACGCUUGUGACCACUUUGCAAGAACCAAUAUGGAACCAUAUGACUUCCUACUCUCAGCCCGACUGGCCAUACCCAUACCUCCAGCGUUCCCUGUGUUUGCUGCGAUGCUUCUUAGUCACCUGGCAUCCGCACCGUCUGCCGGUGUACAUAUCCUUGCCUCUUGUAUUGUCCUCGAUAGCUUACUACAUAGUAUACACGGUUGUGAUCACCCAUUCCCACUCCUGCAGAAGGCUAACCUCCGAUCCCAUAGUAUUCCACCCCUUUGAUGUGUACGAUGCUCUCUACCAUAAUCACUGUUGUGAUGCUGUUAGACGUGUAUUUCCACGGCAGUCAAUCCAGCGCAGCCUUCUCAGCAGACUCCGCCUCAUGGUUAGGGAUCUUACAUUCCGGCAGCAACUGAGGCGAGCUCAUCCAGUAGCAUCUCAUCGCGAAAUACUCAAAUUACACCGGGGGCGUUUCCUGCACAUCCGGAGCACGGAGGUAUGCCUUAUAUGCAUCAUGCGGCGUCCUGUCAGGGUCCUAUCCUGUGGGCAUGCCAUUUGCGAGGUCUGCAUCCGCACAUUUGGAGAGCUGGUACCUGGUGAGCCAUGUAUCUAUGCUCACCCACAAUGCGCUUUGUGCUACACUAGCAUCAAACCGCCAAACAUUCAAAUCCGCCCUCCUUCCGCAUUACCUCGGGUUCUAUGUGUUGACGCAAAUGGUCCGAAUAUGUGGGACACUCUGAAUCUGUUGGAGACAUCUAUUAGCCAGCUUAUGGGCUUUCCAUUCCCCAUACAGGAGUGCUUCGACAUUGUGUUUGGUAGAGGGCCUGGUAUGACCCCCUGUUGUCAAUAUCGACGUUAGCCUAACUAUGAAGGUGUUGGACCUGUCCGUAGUCUCUUCCUCCAUGAGCUGGCAAUCAAGCAAUGCCAAACCGAGAGUCAAUCAAGCUCGUCCGGAAGAUCGAUCAAAGCGUUGUGGCUGGCGAGAACUAGGGUUAGGGGACAGCGGAGACAGCCCAUAUAUCUCGACUGUUACAGCGCCCCCGGCCCGGUAGUCACAAUAGCCGCUAUCACCUCCAGUGCUAGGCCAGAGCCCCUCGGGGGCUGUCUGUUUUCCCGCCUCCUUGGACGCUUCCUCACUGGAUACCGGGGCCUGUCGGCUGCUUCCGGCGGGCCAGAGCGGCCCAGUUCCACACACUCAGCAACAGAAUAUAUGCUAAACGUCCUUUUACCAUCUAGCCAUGGCGUUGGCUAUGUGAGAGAGCCAUCUAUCAUGGGUCUAUCCACGGCGUCCGUUGAUGCGGUCGCUAGAGCACUCGUUGCGAGCCAUUUCUAUUUCGAGCUAGCUAAACCACCUCAAUUUGCUGAUAGCAGGUAUAGGUGCAGCGGCUAUGUUCUCUGUCGCUUGAGAGUAACUGAUCAGUUUUGGUUCCUGCGGGCUCUUACGCUCUCCUCGCACCGUCUAUACAUCGGCUCCGUUGGCUACACCUUUCGGAUGCUCACCCGUGGGCAGCCGUUCCGCAAGCUCCUUACCUUUACUGUCACAGGCGCUGAGCAGCCGAUCUCAAUCCGUCUAGGGAAUCCGUUUUCUGCAAGUACGGCCUAUUGUAUAAGCGGUUCCCCAUUCACCAUUGCCUCACUAUCCCAGAUCCAGUUUACAUAA